AUGGCGAGGGGGAGCGCGAUCCUUCCCGAGGCCCUCCGCAAGACUCUCGGGGGCGCUGUUCUGGACGAGAGCAGCAUCUUCGUCGAGGCCCUCGCGCGCGCCGACGGCACGAAGCCCCGCUUCCGCGCCGGCCUCCCGCGCGGCCACGCUGGGCAAGAGGGGCUGUCGAAGAUCGCGGACCUUCCCGCUGCGCCCAUGGACGUCCACGCAAGAACGGACAUCUCCGACUUUGGGGCCCUGCUGAUGGACCGGGCCAACGAGGAGAUCCAGGGCCCCGACGGAGAAGCAGGCGGUGCCCUCGCUAACUGGAAGGACCCCCAUGGGCAACAGUGCCGCUUCGACGUGGCACAGGACCUUACAGCGAAGUCGAAUUUCAGUGGCCUCCCUCCACCGUUCAAGCGCAAGAGCGAGCCUGGCGGGCCGCGCGCCGUUCAGAUUUUCGUCGCGGGCGCUGGCGAGGGCAAAGUGCACGUUUUCAAGGGCGCUGGCUCGAAGAGCGAGUUUCAGAAGAUGGCCAACUGCGAGCGCGCGCGCCAUGGCGCGGGCAUCGCGCAUCAGCGCGGGAAUCAGCGCGGGGCAGGCCGCAAUGCGAUCUGUCAUCUCCUGGGGAAGCUCGGCGGCCUACAGAUCCGCUUUCCCGAGCUGACCACCGCGGCGAAGCCUGCCAUGCGAUCGACCGAGGGGG